ACUCCUAUUUUCUGGGGGUGAUUAAUCAAAGUUUAAUAAAUUUUAAUUUAUUGUUGCUUUGAAUUUGAAGAUGAUUUCGGUAUCAGUACCUGCACUAAAAUUGUGGCGUAACUACCACUAUAAAUAUUGAAUACCAAUUCACUAGUAUAUAAGGCAUGUUAACUUGAUUUUAUCAUGAGGUACUUUUUGAUAGAUAAAGGUUGACAUAGUCGAUUUAUAAUUCCCCUCAAAAUAAUCAUGUUUUGCUGAGAUCUGGUCUAUGGCUCAUUGGAAACUAAUUUAAAACAUCAAGGAAGGAUAUCAACUCAAAUUGUAUUAUUUGUGGUAACCACCCAGACAAAUAUCUUUAAAUUUUAUAAAAAUAUUUUAAAAUAAUUUUGGCUAUUGCAGUUGCCCCAAAUAGAUACCAAUAAAGAAAUAUUUUUUGCAUUUGAUAAGCAUGUUAUUAUUGCUCUAUAUCAGGGAUGUUCAAACUUUGGCACGCCAAAAGGUUUUAUCCGGCCCGCUGAUAGAAUUUUAACUUGCCGAUCCAUGCUGAAGUUGAGUUUGCAAAAUGACUUCCCUUUCUUCCCUGAUGUCUGAGUUGGAUUCUCUAGAAUCUGAGGGAAAACAUCUUGAACUCUCAACAUGUAUAUUAAAUAUCAUGAUGAAAAAUAUUGAUGCUUCUCCGUUGGCUGGGAAAAUUAUAAAAUACUUGGCUUUGCCAUCUCCUCCGUUAAAAAAAGUGAUGUAUUCUUUUUUAACCAGAUAUUCAUCAAAAAUUUCGGAUUUGAAUAUUCUGGCCACCAAUAGUCUAUUAAAAGAUUUUCAAGAUCCAAAUCCAUAUAUGAGAAAGUUGGUAAUCAAAACUGCUUCAUCCAUUGAAUGUUUAUCUGAACUGGCAUUUCAACUGUUGCCUAAAGCCUUAGAAGACCCAAGUGCUUAUGUGCGUUCUACUGCCGCCACUUCAAGUUCAUUAAUUAUAAAUGAAAGUAAUAUUGAUGCCAAUCAAGACAUCAUAAACAAGCUUUACGAGAUGAUAAGAGAUCCUGACCCCUCCGUUAUAUGUAGCUGUCUUUCUGCAUUGGAAGAGAUUUUGCAAUUUGAUGGUGGAAUAGUGGUGAAUUCUAAAAUGAUUGCUUACCUGGUUUCCAGAAUUUCGGAAUUCCAAGAAUGGAAUUUUGCAGUUUUAUACAUGGUUCUCAAAAAGUACACUCCAAAAAACUCUGAGGAACUCAUAAGUUUUCUCAAUGCACUCGAUGAGAAGUUACUAAACUCAAACCCAGCUGUUUUUUCUUUGGCUGCUGAUGUUGCCAUCUGUUAUAUAAAUCAUUUGCAAAAAAAUUUCUCCAGGGAUAUUUUAUCGCAGAUUUUUCCUCAGUUGAAGUUCUUGUUGAUUUCCUCCACCAACGAACUGCUUUUUGCAUUGUUGGAGAUUGUAGAGUCAUUUCUACCAGAGUACAAAGAUGUCUUCUUUCCCAGUAAAGAUCUCUUAAUAUGCAAAUUCAGUGACUCGGCUGUUAUCAAGGUGAAGAAACUAAAAAUUUUGGUUCAUUUUGUCGAUUGUAACAAUGCAUCUGAAAUGGCAGAAGAGUUCCUGCUGUAUUGUUGCGACAUUGAAAAAGAUGUCUCGCAUCAAGCCAUACAAAGCUAUAUAUCAAUUCUUAAGUUAUAUCCCGUUGAGAAUUAUAAAGACUUUGUAAGUUUGAUUGAUUUGACAUAUAACAAUCUCAAUGAGGACAUUUUAAAUUCUCUAUCAGAAUUAGAUUUCAGUAAAUUAACUGUAUUAAAAGACUUAGCAUUAGAGGCUAUUUCACAACAAUCCCAAAGAUUGAGUAAUAAGAGCGGGAAACUUUCUUUGCUAAAACUUAUUGGAAAUUAUGGCAAGGAAAUGAAAAAUUCUCCCUAUAUUAUUGAACAAUUUGUGAAUACUGAGCAAGAUUUUGAAGAUGAAAUCUUUUUAAGCAAUCUUUUAUCCACAACAGUUAAACUUUUUCUUGUACGACCAGAAGAAAUGUAUUUAAUAUUAGGGCAUGUGUUACAGUUAGCUGAAAAGUCUCCCUGUAUUAUGCUCAGGAAACAAGCAUCUAUAUAUUAUUUUUUGUUGAAACAUCAGGAACAAGCUAAAAUUAUACUUGUUGAUAACGCAAACAAAUCUAGUAUAACGAAUUCUGAAAAAAAAUUACCUAUCAGUUCUUAGAAACUCGUAAGGAGUUUCUUAUGUAUCUAUUUAGUUAUAAGGCAUGUGUUAUAUUCAGAAAACAAGGAGCGAUAUAUUAUUUUUUGAUGAAAUAUCAGGAACAACCUAAAGUCAUACUUAUUGAUUAUACAAACAAAUCUGGUAUUAUGAAUUCAGAAAAAUAAAUUAUUUGUACUUAAAAACUUGUAGGAAGUUUCUAAUGUAUGAAUUUAAUUUUAGACUAUGAAAUGUAUUUAACAAUAGGGACUGUGUUACAGUUAGCUGAAAAAUCUCCCUGUAUUUUCUCAGAAAACAAUCAUCAAUAUAAUUUUU